UGGACUGCUGAUAAGAUAAAGAAUUGGUAAAACACUCCAAAAGAAGUAGUUCAUAGUGCUGAUUUCGGCAUCUUGUUGCUUGUGUUUAAUAUACAGAACUGUAUGAACUUGUAGUUAUGAAUUUAAUUGUAUAUUCAAUUUAACGGGGGAAAAAUACGCCAACCAAUUUGUGAAAAACAAUCUUCAAUUUAAAAGGAGCUUGAUUUUAAAGCAUCACCAUGGAAAAAGUGUUGUUCGGAGAUGUCUUCACUAAAACGCUGAAGAAUGUCUGGAAAAUACCAACAGUUACCAUUGAUGAUCCGAUAUUCCGCUUGCAUUAUAAAUUUACUGGUUUGGCUCUUUUGUUUUGCAGCUUAUUGGUUUCCGGAUACCAAUUCUUCGGCAACCCUAUUAUGUGCAUUCAAAGAGAUCAGAUUCCAGAACAGCUUUUGAACACCUAUUGCUGGAUAGAAGGAACUUUCACUCUACCCAAAGCUUUGUCGAAAAUCGUCGGCAAGGAGAUCGUUUAUCCGGGAGUAGAUUCACACAAAGAGGGCGAUGAAAUCACCGAACAUUCGUACUAUCAGUGGGUUUGCUUCGUUCUUUUCUUGCAAGCACUGAUGUUUUGUGUGCCCUAUGUAAUCUGGAGAUCGAUGGAAAACGGUAGAAUGAAGCUGAUGAUCCAAAAGCUCCAGUCUCCUAUUCUAGAAGAGAAAGACAAAGGUCCGUGCUGUUCUAGUGUGGCAAGUUAUUUCCUGGAAGGAGAGGGCAAACACGACAAUCGAAGCUAUGCCUUGAAGUUCCUGUUCUGCGAGAUAUUGAAUUUCAUCAACGUCGUGGGCCAAAUCUACUUCAUCAACAGGUUUCUCGGUGGCGAGUUUACGAGGUAUGGCGUGGAUGUUGUCCGUUAUGUCAACGACGAACAACAGGAUCGUAUCGAUCCCAUGAUCAGAGUGUUCCCGCGUGUGACAAAAUGUACUUUCCACAAAUAUGGUUCAUCAGGAACUGUGCAGAAACACGACGCUCUGUGCCUGCUGCCGUUGAAUAUCCUGAAUGAGAAAAUAUUUGUGGUAAUGUGGUUUUGGCUUGUAAUACUUGCCAUCGUAGGCGGAUGCUUGAUCAUGUACCGUAUCACAGUCAUGAUUUCUUCUCGAAUGCGUUUCCUGUUGCUCACUUAUAUCGCCAGUCUUACCUCAAGGGAGGAUCUGAGAUUUCUCAUCAAUAAGUAUUCAUAUGGUGAUUGGUUCAUGCUGUACCUCUUAGCGGAUAACAUUGACAACAUUCAUUUCCGCGAGAUCGUUAUGUGCAUGAAGAAGAACUGCAAUGAUAAAGGACCCAAAUCUGUUGUUGAGAUCGAUGCUGUGUUGGAGAUAGAUGAUGUGGACAAAGGAAAAGCUGAGUCUAAACUUUUGUUGGAAAAGGAAGGGAGAAAUAAUGAUGAAAGCUCUGUUUAAAUGUGCAGAUAAAUGACUAAUUAAUAUGCAUUUUUGAAAACCAUUUCAAUGACUCAUACUUCAUAGUUAUGUGACACUCGUGAGUAGGGUCUAAAUAUCUUUGCUGCCAAUUUUGAUACAUGACCACAAGUUUUAAUUUUUUUCUUGCCAAAUUUUGCAUCAUUAGUUACUAGAUUAGCAUUUCAUCACUAAUGAACUGUUUAUAUUCUAGCUAAAGGUAUAUUCAAUUAACAAAUAUCAUUAUAUGUGCAUGUUUUAAGGAAAAUAUUUUGUCGAAAGAAAAGUUGGCUCUUUAUCAUUCAAAGCCGUCAGUUAAGUAUGAAAUAAUGCUCUCUGUAUUGAAGUGUUUGAUAUUUAUAAUUUUGGCAUUUUAUGUUUCUAGACAGAAAUAAAAG